GGAAAAGAAAAGAAAAAGAAAAAGAAAAGAAAAGAAAAGAUUUACAAAACUGCAAACAGAACGGUCUGCUUCGGACAGCAGUGAGAGAGAUAGAGAGAGGGGCUUAUUCUCUUCUUCAAUAGUUUGGUGUCAUUGAAGGGUUUAAGCUUCUCAGUUUUUGAUCUUUGUUUUUUAUUCUUUGUAGAAAUUCUUUUAUUGUUUAUUUUUAUAGAAAUCAAUUACAGUUGAAAAUCAAAGACAAGUUCAACUUCAAAGAUUUGUGUCUUCUGCGUUUGGUAAUCUAUCUUUAUUGAAGGCUGUGAAAGCAGAUCGAGAAGCAAGCCAAGUCUCUGAUCCAAUUAAUCGUUAUAAAACAUGGCUGCUGCUGUUACUCUUGUAGUUGGAUCUCUUGUAUGGGUGGAAGAUCCAGAAGUAACUUGGAUAGAUGGUGAAGUUGUGGAGGUUAAUGGCGAUCAGAUCAAAGUCCUCUGCACCUCAGGGAAGACUGUUGUUGUUAAGGCUUCUAAUGUCUAUCCCAAAGAUGCUGAAGUCCCAUCAUGUGGAGUGGAUGAUAUGACAAAACUGGCUUAUUUGCAUGAACCCGGAGUCCUGCAGAAUCUAAAAUCAAGAUAUGAUAUGAAUGAAAUUUAUACUUACACUGGAAAUAUACUGAUUGCUGUGAACCCUUUUAGAAGACUACCUCAUCUUUAUGAUAGCCAUAUGAUGGCCCAAUAUAAAGGGGCAGCCUUUGGUGAGUUGAGUCCACAUCCAUUUGCUGUUGCAGAUGCUGCAUACAGACUGAUGAUCAAUGAGGGAAUAAGUCAGUCAAUUUUGGUUAGUGGUGAAAGUGGGGCAGGUAAAACGGAAAGCACUAAAUGCCUAAUGAGGUAUCUUGCUUACAUGGGAGGUAGAGCUGUUGCUGAGGGGAGGAGUGUUGAGCAGCAAGUUCUGGAGUCCAAUCCUGUUUUAGAAGCAUUUGGUAACGCAAAGACUGUAAGAAACAACAACUCGAGUCGUUUUGGUAAGUUUGUGGAGAUUCAAUUUGACCAGAGGGGAAGAAUUUCUGGAGCUGCGAUCAGAACUUAUUUGCUAGAAAGAUCACGUGUUUGUCAGGUGUCUGAUCCUGAGAGAAAUUAUCACUGUUUCUACAUGCUUUGUGCUGCACCACCAGAGGAUAUUCAGAGGUUUAAGUUGGGGAACCCGAGAACAUUUCAUUAUUUGAAUCAAUCAAAUUGCUUUGAGUUGGAUGGCAUUGAUGAUGCUAAGGAAUACGUUGCAACAAGAAGGGCAAUGGAUGUUGUUGGAAUAAGCUCUGAGGAACAGGAUGCAAUAUUUCGAGUUGUGGCCGCUAUUCUUCAUCUUGGAAACGUUGAAUUUGCUAAGGGGAAGGAAAUGGACUCAUCGGUUCCCAAAGACGAAAAAUCUUGGUUCCAUCUAAGAAUUGUCGCUGAACUUUUAAUGUGUGAUGUCAAGGCUCUAGAAGAUUCUCUCUGCAAGCGUGUGAUUGUAACCCGUGAUGAAACCAUUACAAAAUGGCUGGAUCCAGAAGCUGCAGCUCUCAGUAGAGAUGCUUUGGCUAAAAUUGUCUACUCGAGACUAUUUGACUGGCUUGUUGACAAGAUCAAUAGUUCAAUCGGUCAAGAUCCUGACUCAAAGUCCUUAAUCGGAGUGCUGGAUAUUUACGGAUUUGAGAGUUUCAAGACAAACAGUUUUGAGCAGUUUUGUAUCAAUUUGACGAAUGAGAAACUUCAGCAACAUUUCAAUCAGCACGUAUUCAAAAUGGAGCAAGAAGAAUAUACUAAAGAAGAAAUUGACUGGAGCUACAUAGAAUUUGUGGAUAAUCAAGAUGUUUUAGAUCUCAUUGAAAAGAAACCUGGUGGCAUAAUUGCUCUUCUGGAUGAAGCUUGUAUGUUUCCAAGAUCAACACAUGAAACAUUCGCUCAAAAGCUGUAUCAGACAUUUAAAAAUCAUAAGCGCUUCACCAAGCCAAAAUUAUCUCGUAGUGACUUCACAAUUUGCCAUUAUGCUGGUGAUGUCACUUAUCAAACGGAAUUGUUCUUAGACAAAAACAAAGACUAUGUUGUUGCUGAACAUCAGCAACUGUUAGGUGCUUCCAAAUGCUCCUUUGUAGCAUCUUUGUUUCCACCUUUGGCUGAGGAAUCUUCCAAGUCAUCAAAGUUUUCUUCAAUAGGUUCUCGAUUUAAGCAACAAUUGCAAGCAUUGCUUGAGACCCUCAGUUCCACUGAGCCACAUUAUAUUCGUUGUGUAAAGCCCAAUAAUCUUCUUAAGCCAGCAAUAUUCGAGAAUAAAAGUGUUCUACAGCAACUACGUUGUGGGGGAGUCAUGGAGGCAAUCAGGAUAAGUUGUGCUGGAUAUCCAACUAGAAAACCGUUUGAUGAAUUUUUGGAUCGAUUUGGCAUACUUGCAUCUGAAGUUUUGGAUGGGAGUUCUGAUGAAGUCACUGCUUGCAAGAGGCUCCUAGAGAAGGUGGGACUUGAAGGCUACCAGAUAGGUAAAACAAAGGUUUUUCUUAGGGCGGGUCAGAUGGCGGAUUUAGAUGGACGUAGGAGCGAAGUCUUAGGAAGAUCAGCCAGCAUUAUCCAGAGGAAAGUCCGUUCUUAUUUGGGUCGCAAAAGUUUUAUCUUGCUCCGUCGAUCUGCUAUUCAGAUUCAAGCUGCAUGCAGAGGACAACUUGCUCGCGAAGUUUACGAGAGCGUGCGGAGAGAAGCUUCCUCUCUUAGGAUCCAAAGAGAUUUCCGCAUGUAUAUUGCUAGGAAAGCUUAUAAAGAUUUGUGUUCCUCUGCUUCUUGCAUUCAAACAGGGAUGCGUGGGAUGGCUGCUCGGAAUGAGCUCCGAUUCAGAAGGCAGACUCAAGCAGCAAUUAUAAUUCAGAGCCAGUGCCGCAAGUACUUAGCACGGUUGCAUUAUAUGAAGUUGAAGAAAGCAGCUAUUACAACACAAUGCGCAUGGAGAGGAAGGGUUGCUCGCAAAGAGUUGCGGAAGCUUAAGAUGGCUGCUAGGGAAACAGGAGCUCUCCAAGCUGCGAAAAAUAAAUUGGAAAAACAAGUUGAAGAAUUGACAUGGAGAUUGCAGUUGGAGAAACGCAUGAGGGCUGACAUGGAAGAAGCUAAAAACCAAGAAAAUGCAAAACUACAGUCUGCUUUGCAAGAGAUGCAGCUUCAGUUCAAGGAAACCAAGGCAAUGCUCUCGAAAGAAAUUGAGGUUGCCAAAAAGGAAGCAGAGAAAGUUCCUGUUGUGCAGGAGAUUCCUGUUGUUGACCACACAAUGCUGGAGAAGCUUACAAGUGAAAAUGAAAAACUCAAGGAAACCAAGGCAAUGCUCACGAAAGAAAUUGAGGUUGCCAAAAAGGAAGCAGAGAAAGUUCCUGUUGUGCAGGAGAUUCCUGUUGUUGACCAUACAAUGCUGGAGAAGCUUACAAGUGAAAAUGAAAAACUCAAGGCGUUAGUAAGUUCAUUGGAAAGUAAAAUUGGUGAAACUGAGAAAAAAUUUGAAGAGACCAGCAAAAUUAGUGAAGAAAGGUUGAAGCAAGCUUUGGAGGCAGAGUCAAAAAUAGUGCAGUUGAAGACUGCUGUGCACAAGCUAGAAGAAAAAGUUUCUGACGUGGAAUCUGAGAACCAAAUUCUUCGGCAGCAAACCCUAUUAAAAACACCUGUUAAGAAGAUGUCAGAACAUCUAUCAUCAACAGAAACUCAGAGUUUGGCAAAUGGCUACCAUGUGAAUGAAGAUGGAAGAUCCAAUGAACCACAGAGUGUUACACCGGUGAAAAAGAUGGGCACAGAAUCUGAGAGCAAGUUCAGGAGAUCUCAGAUUGAAAAUCAACAUGAGAACGUUGAUGCCCUUAUCAACUGUGUAAUCAAGAACAUCGGUUACAGUAAUGGAAAACCUGUUGCCGCAUUUACUAUAUACAAAUGUCUUCUCCAGUGGAAAUCUUUUGAAGCUGAAAGGACUAGUGUGUUCGAUCGUCUAAUUCAGAUGAUAGGUUCUGCAAUUGAGAAUGAAGAAAACAAUGAUCAUAUGGCUUAUUGGUUAUCCAAUACAUCUACGUUAUUGUUCUUGCUCCAACGAAGUUUGAAGGCUGCUGGUGCAACUCCACAUAAGAAACCACCCACCGCAACCUCCCUAUUUGGGAGGAUGGCCAUGGGUUUUCGCUCAUCUCCCUCUUCGGCAAACCUUGCUGCUGCCGCUGCACUUGCGGUAGUACGUCAAGUGGAGGCUAAAUAUCCAGCUUUACUUUUCAAACAGCAGCUAGCAGCAUAUGUGGAGAAAAUUUAUGGAAUCAUUCGAGACAACUUGAAAAAGGAGUUAUCGUCUUUCCUUUCAUUGUGUAUCCAGGCACCAAGGACAUCUAAGGGAAAUGUACUAAGAUCUGGGCGAUCGUUUGGCAAAGAUUCUCCUUCUAGUCACUGGCAGAGCAUUAUUGAUAGCCUCAAUACUCUUCUCAGUACAUUGAAGCAAAAUUUUGUGCCUCCAGUUCUGGUCCAGAAGAUCUUCACUCAGACUUUCUCAUACAUAAAUGUACAAUUAUUUAACAGUCUCCUUCUACGUCGUGAGUGUUGUACUUUCAGCAAUGGAGAAUAUGUGAAAGCUGGGUUAGCUGAGUUGGAGCUAUGGUGCUGUCAAGCAAAAGAUGAAUAUGCAGGCUCCUCUUGGGAUGAACUUAAGCACAUUAGACAGGCUGUUGGAUUCCUGGUUAUACAUCAAAAAUACAGAAUUUCCUAUGAUGAAAUCACUAAUGAUCUGUGCCCCAUCCUGAGUGUCCAGCAGCUAUAUAGAAUAUGUACUCUAUACUGGGAUGACAACUAUAACACUCGAAGUGUGUCUCCAAAUGUCAUUUCCAGCAUGAGGGUACUUAUGACUGAAGACUCUAAUGAUGCUGCCAGCAAUUCCUUCUUGUUGGAUGACAAUUCCAGCAUUCCCUUCUCUGUCGAUGACCUGUCUAAUUCAUUGCAAGAGAAGGAUUUCAUGGAUGUCAAACCGGCAGAGGAACUUCUUGAGAAUCCAGCCUUUGAAUUUUUACACGAGGCAUAGAUAAGGAAGCUCAGGCUUGCUCUACUUUGUUUUUUUGUCGAGGUAGGCAGUGAAGUCAAAACUCUCUGAUCAAACACCACAGGCAGUUGUAAAUCCAAUCAUUUUUUCUUUUCCUUUUUUUGUUUCAUAAGAUUUUUUUUUUCUUUUUGACACCCACGCCCCCUGCUGUAAAAUUUUCGAUUUGUUUAUUUUUUGGUCAUUCAACUCUGUAAAAUCCAUCAUUGUGAAAGGGGGUGGGCUAUAUAU